CCAGACCAGGACGGCCAUUGUGGUCAGUGGUAUUCGACUACAACAGACUGCUGAUGCAACGCAUUAUGGAAGUAAAAUUGGCUGUGAAUGCAGGAAUGGCAUCUCCCACCAGCAUGUUAGUGGAGGAGCAGGUGCACUGUUCCAUCUGUCUGGAUGUGUUUAUAAACCCUGUCUCGAUCCCUUGUGGACACAACUUCUGCAUGGCCUGCAUCGGCAGCUACUGGAAGUCCAGUGCCCUCUUCAUGUGUCCGAUGUGCAAAAAGACUUUCUUCAAACAACCAGACAUCAGCAUCAACACAGUGCUGAGGGAAAUCGCUGAGAAGUUUAAAGAAAUGAAAACCAACCCAGUCGCGAGCCUUCAGAAGACAACGCAACCGGACCCAGGACAGAGCCCUGUGGAACUCCCCACAGAAAUGCCUGAACUGAUUCCUCCUAAUGGGCCGUGGGCCCAGGUGGUGUCCUGUGAUGUGUGCACUGGCCCUCAGCGACAAGCAGUAAAGUCCUGCUUGGUGUGUUUGACGUCUUACUGUGAGGAGCACUUAAAGACCCACACUUCCCGCUUCACCAAACACAAGCUGAUCGAACCUGUGCAGAACCUGGAGGACCGUAUGUGUAAGAAACAUGAGAGGUUACUUGAGCUGUUCUGUAAGAAGGAUCAGACCAUAGUGUGUGUGCUGUGCACAGAGAUGGACCACAGGGCACAUUACACUGUUCCUGUUGAACGAGAGUGGACCGAGAAAAAGGCCUUGUUUAGGAAAACUGAAGCUGAAGUUCAACAGAUGAUCCAGGAGCGACUGAAGAAAGUUGAUGAUAUCAAACACUCAUUAGAGUUGAACAAGAGCAGCGCGCAGAGAGAAAUCGAGGACAGCAUGCAGGUGUUCUCGGACCUGAUCCGAGCGGUCCAGAAGGUCCAGGCCGAACUGGUGCUGGACAUCGAGGAGAAACAGAGGAAGACCGAGAGCUGGGCCAACGGACAAAUACAAGAACUAGAGCAGGAAAUAGAUGUUCUGAAACUGAGGAACACAGAGUUAGAGUAUCUCUCACACACUGAAGACCACAUUCACUUCCUGCAGAACUUUCCAUCGUUAAUGUCUCACCCCCACACUAAAGACUGGUCUGAGACCUGUGUGUAUGCGGAUCCGUGUGUGGGCACCACCAGAAGAGCUGUGCUCAAACUGGUGGAGACACUUACUGAAGAAGUAGAAAAACUUGCAGAAAUAGAGCUGAACAGGGUUCAGAACUACUCAGUGGACAUCACCUUUGACCCGGACACGGCGAACCCCUGGCUGCAGCUGUCCGAGGACGGCCGUCAGAUGCGUCACCUGGGCUCGUGGCAGGACCUGGCCGACACACCUGAGCGCUUCGAUACGGUGGUGAUCGCUCUCAGCCGCGAGGGACUGUCCUCCGGACGCCGUUACUGGGAGGUCCAGGUGGGCGAGAAGGACGACUGGUACAUCGGUGUGGCCCUGGCGUCCGUCAACAGAAAAGGCAGGAUUUCGGUGAGCACAGCUCAAGGCUACUGGGCUCUAGCCAUGAAGAAAGGCCAGGAAUAUCGCGUUUCUUCCUCUCCACCCCUCCUGCUCUCCAUCGAGCCCAAGCUGAAGAGAGUGGGCGUCUAUGUGGACUACGAAGAAGGACAGGUGUCGUUCUAUGACGUACAAAACAAAAGUCACAUCUACACCUUUAUGGACUCUUUUAAAGAGAAACUCUUCCCGUUUUUCUACCUCUACUGCUGCUGA